AUGGCAAAUCAACCACACGGGGGUAUUUUAAAAGAUUUACUUUCUAGAGAUGCUUCGAAACAACAAGAAUUGAGGAAUGAAUCUGAAAUAUUAUCAUCAAUUGUUUUGUCUGAACGUCAAUUAUGUGAUUUGGAAUUAAUAAUUAAUGGUGGUUUUUCACCGUUAGAAGGAUUCAUGACUGAAGAAGACUACAAAAGUGUGGUGGAUAACCUUCGAUUAAAGAAUGGAUUACUAUUUUCAAUUCCAAUUACACUUGAUGUUUCGCAAGAUGAUAUUCUCACACUUAAUCUUGCUGUUGGUGAGCGUGUAGUAUUGCGUGAUCCUAGAGACGAUUCACCGUUGGCAAUACUCACCAUUAAAGAUAUCUAUGAACCAAAUAAAAUAAACGAAGCUAUAAAAGUUUUCGGAUAUAACGAUUUGGCGCAUCCUGGUGUUGAUUACUUGCACAAAAAGGUUAAACAAUUUUAUGUUGGUGGAAAUGUUGAAGCCAUUCAAACACCUAUUCACUAUGAUUAUGUGACUCACAGAUAUUCACCAGCAGAAUUAAGAGCGUAUUUUAAAAAAUUGAAUUGGACAAAAGUGGUAGCAUUUCAAACACGUAAUCCAAUGCAUAGAGCUCAUCGCGAAUUAACAGUAAGAGCUGCACGUAUUCGUCAAGCCAACAUCUUAAUUCAUCCGGUUGUAGGAUUAACCAAACCAGGCGAUAUCGAUCAUUAUACAAGAGUAAGAGUUUAUCAAACGAUAAUGUCAAAAUAUUCAAAUGGUAUGGCGGCUUUAGGGUUAUUGCCAUUAGCUAUGAGAAUGGGAGGUCCGCGUGAGGCAGUGUGGCACGCAAUUAUUAGAAAAAAUUUUGGCGCAACACAUUUUAUUAUUGGUAGAGAUCAUGCAGGACCUGGUAAAAAUAGUCAUGGUAAAGAUUUUUAUGGCCCAUAUCAAGCUCAGGAAUUGGUUGCUGAAUAUAAAGAUGAAUUAAAAAUUGAGGUUGUUCCGUUUCAAAUGGUAACAUAUUUACCAGAUUCUGAUGAGUAUGUACCAAUUGAUGAAGUACCACCUGACACAAAUACACUUAACAUUUCAGGUACUGAAUUGCGUAGGAGAUUGCGUACAGGUGGACAUAUUCCAGAAUGGUUUUCAUAUCCAGAAGUAGUAAAACUUUUAAGACAAACUCAUCCACCAAGAGCAAAGCAAGGAUUCACCUUAUUCUUAACAGGAUAUUAUAAUUCUGGUAAAAAAUCAAUCGCUAAAGCUUUACAGGUUGUUUUAAAUCAACAAGGCGGAAGAAGCGUUACAUUGCUAUUGGGUGAAACUGUUAGACAAGAAUUAAGUUCUGAACUUGGAUUUUCUCGUAAGGAUAGAGAUCAGAAUAUUACAAGAAUUGGAUUCGUAUCAGCAGAAUUGACAAAGGCGGGAGCAGCAGUCAUAGCAGCGCCCAUCGCCCCAUUUGAUGAAGCAAGAAAAUUAGCAAAAAAAAAUGUUGAGAGUUAUGGAGGAUUUUUUUUAAUUCAUGUUAAUACACCAUUGGAAUAUUGUAUCAAGACUGAUAGAAAAGGAAUUUACAAGAAAGCUCAAUCUGGUGAAAUUAAAGGCUUUACAGGUGUAGAUGAUCCAUAUGAGAAACCGAAUGAUGCAGAUAUUGUUGUUGACGUUAGUAAACAAAGUAUUAGUGAAAUUUGUCAUCGAAUUGUUUUACUACUUGAGAAAGAUGGAUAUAUUGGAGAUAAAUAA